GAAGUGCGGGCCCCGGCCCCGCCCCCUUCUCAGCCCCUGGCGGCCCGGAGCCCCUCUGGAAUCCCACCCCGCCCCGCCCCUCGCCCGGGGUGCCCCCGGCCGCACCCCCGCUCCUGUGGCCUCGCCUGUUACCCGCUACGCCCUGCCUUCCUACCCUCCCGCGAGUGUGAGUCCGCCCAGAACCAUCCCAAGCCAACAAACCCCACCCUGGCCGGGACAAUCUCGGUCCUUGUGUGAGGGUCCUUCAGAGUUGUGGGUCGAGAAGCCAUCCCCCUGUCCCCAACUCUCAGGGCCUGAGUGGGGCAGGAGGAUGCUUUCCCAGCCCCACCAUGGAGCUGCGUUGUGGGGGAUUGCUGUUCAGUUCUCGCUUUGAUUCAGGGAACCUAGCCCACGUGGAGAAGGUGGAAUCUGUGUCUAGUGAUGGGGAAGGAGUAGCGGGUGGUGCCUCGGCCUCCACCAGCAGCAUUGCCUCUUCCCCUGACUAUGAGUUCAACGUGUGGACCCGACCAGACUGUGCUGAAACAGAAUUCGAGAAUGGGAACAGGUCAUGGUUCUACUUCAGUGUCCGGGGAGGAACUCCAGGGAAACUCAUCAAGAUCAACGUCAUGAACAUGAACAAGCAAAGCAAGCUGUAUUCCCAGGGCAUGGCCCCCUUUGUGCGCACACUGCCCACCCGGCCACGCUGGGAACGCAUCCGAGACCGGCCCACCUUUGAGAUGACAGAGACGCAGUUUGUGUUAUCCUUUGUUCACCGUUUCGUGGAAAGCCGUGGGGCCACCACCUUCUUCGCCUUCUGCUACCCCUUCUCCUACAGUGACUGCCAGGAUUUGCUAAAGCAGCUGGACCAGCGCUUUCUGGAGAACCACCCUACCCACAGCAGCCCCCUAGAUACCAUCUAUUACCACCGGGAGACCCUUUGUUAUUCUCUGGAUGGACUUCGUGUAGAUCUGCUAACGAUCAGUUCCUGCCAUGGGCUUCGAGAAGAUCGAGAGCCCCGCCUAGAGCAGCUAUUUCCUGAUGCCAGCACACCCCGGCCAUUCCGUUUCACAGGCAAGAGGAUAUUCUUCUUAAGCAGUAGGGUACACCCUGGGGAGACGCCAUCUAGCUUUGUCUUCAAUGGCUUUCUGGACUUCAUCCUUCGACCUGACGAUCCUCGGGCCCAAACCCUACGUCGCCUCUUUGUCUUUAAGCUGAUUCCCAUGUUAAACCCCGAUGGCGUAGUCCGGGGCCACUACCGCACAGACUCGCGUGGAGUGAAUCUGAACCGUCAGUACCUGAAGCCUGAUGCAGUCCUGCACCCGGCCGUCUACGGGGCUAAAGCUGUGCUUCUCUACCACCACGUGCACUCCCGUCUGAGCUCGCAGAGUCCCUCUGAGCACCAGCACAGUCCCCAUCUCCCUCCUGAUGCUCCCCUUUCCGACCUUGAGGAAGCCAGCAGUCUCCGAAAUGCAGCUCGCCUUGGGCACACGUCUGACGGGGAGAACCCCGAGGCCUGGACACAGACCGAGCCAGCAGAGCCGAAGCACCACAGCGUGUGGAUUAUGCCACAACAGUCCACUGAGGCUGAGCAUCCAGACCCUGACACCAUCCCCCCCAAAGAGAGUGGUGUUGCUUACUACGUGGACCUGCAUGGACAUGCUUCCAAAAGGGGCUGCUUCAUGUAUGGAAACAGCUUUACUGACGAGAACACCCAGGUGGAAAAUAUGCUGUAUCCAAAGCUCAUCUCCUUGAACUCAGCCCACUUUGACUUCCAGGGCUGCAAUUUCUCAGAGAAGAACAUGUAUGCCCGAGACCGCAGAGAUGGCCAGUCUAAAGAGGGAAGCGGCCGGGUUGCAAUCUACAAAGCCUCAGGGAUAAUCCACAGCUACACACUUGAAUGCAACUACAACACUGGACGCUCAGUAAACAGCAUCCCUGCCGCCUGCCAUGACAACGGACGUGCCAGCCCCCCUCCCCCGUCGGCCUUCCCCUCCAGAUACACUGUGGAACAGUUUGAGCAGGUGGGACGAGCUCUGGCCAUUGCAGCUCUGGACAUGGAAGAAUGCAAUCCAUGGCCCCGAAUUGUGCUGUCAGAGCACAGCAGCCUCACAAACCUCCGGGCCUGGAUGCUAAAACACGUGCGCAGCAGUCGAGGCCUGAGCGCUACUGUGAACACGGGUGUCGGCAAGAAGAGAGGCUCUCGAACUCCCCCCAGAAGUAACAACGGACUGCCUGUUUCCUGCUCUGAAAAUACCUUGAGCUGCGCGCGAAGUUUUAGCACUGGCACAAGUGCUGGUGGUAGCAGCAGCAGUCAACAAAAUUCUCCACAGAUGAAGAACUCCCUCAGCUUUCCUUUUCAUGGCAGUCGGCCUGCGGGGCUGCCAGGCCUGGGCUUUAGCACCCAAAAGGUCAGCCACCAGGUGCUGGGCCCCGUCAGAGGUAAGCUAGUCUGGGAGCCCCUGCAACAGGUGUUCAGUUGUUUGGGGCAUUGCUGGGGGAAGUGAGAGCUUGAAGAUACACACUUGGCCUGGGACCGAGGGGUGAAUCAAUAAAAUUAGUAUAUAGCAGAA